AUGGAGUGGGAUGAAAGGGAGCGGCCGAGGGCUGGCGGGCGGCGGCACCAUGUCCCGCUACACGUGCAUGUCCGCGACGAGUGGCUGCUGGUGCCGAGCAGGGACGGCGCGGCCAGCGUGGACUGGCUGGGGCGGGAGGCGCUGCGCCGCUACGCCAAGAACAAGCCGGGCUACGGCUGCCUGAGCGAGGAAGCCGCCUUCAUUGUGCGUCGGUGCCAGGGGCUGGCGCUGCUCGACCCUCACGACGCCCUGGCAGAGGUCCUGGAGAAUAACGACUUCGUGGAAGUGGUGCUGGAGGAUGAUGCCGUGUCCCCGGACUUCAGCCAGUGGAUGCCCGAACACCGGUCUUCCAUCUACCGGGAGCCCGAUGAGGUAAAUGCUCCAUAG